CACUGCCACCAGCUUCUUGGAAAAGUGAAAAAGAAAAUGAAAGAAAUACAAAUAUACACGACAAAGGCGAAUUGAACCUUCCUAGUCUUUUCGAGGAGAAAAGAAGAAAAACUCGGGAGGUCGCAUUAGCGUCUUUGGCUUGACCAGCACCUCCGCACCGUCAUCGCUUGCAUAGCAAUAAAAUGGACGCGCCAAGAACCAACUUUCGCUUGCCGGGCGUGAGUCGCGUUCCUGUGGACACCCGCAGGCUUUUGACCAUCGUGUCCGAUGAGACGGAUAGGACCCAGAAUUUUGCGCAGAAGUCGGGGGUGCUCUUCAAGCCAAGCACCAAAUACAACUCCCGAGGAAGUUCCGGCACUCGCCUUCCUGUCAGCACCACCAGAGCGACUGCAUGUCAGCAACUACCACCUUUGAUCGAAGAAGUAAGCAGCCAGGAAGUUGAUGUAUCCACUUCCACCCCAGUUUUGUCUGAUCCCGUUUUAUCGGCCGCAUCAAGUAGCAGCAGCCACGGCUCGCCGCUGUUGUCUCAAUUGCAAAAGGCACCCAAGUUUUACCGCGCAGUCGAGAUUAUUGAUGAUGACGAGUCUCCGGUCGUGACUCCAAGGGCAGAUGAAAAGUUGGGUGGUCGUGACGAAGCCAAAAAGCCUUUCGGCAAUACUGCUGCGGCUGCUGUGCCGCUAUCGUCGAGCAGGGGAUGUGAUGAGGAAGACAAGAAGGACGUCCUAGCGGAGGCUCAAUCCGCGCCUUUGGUGGCGAUGUCGACCGACGAGGUGGAAACUACGCUUGAAGGAGAUCAAAUCAAGUCCAAUUUUGAUUUAGCCAAGCUGCCGCCUCGGAAGAUCGUACCAAAAAGUUGCAACGACGAACAACAAGAAGGGCACAAACGCAAUAAGAAGUCUGCUAGUUCUUGUGCAGCAGGAAUAAAGGUGAUUGCUCGCAUUUCUGCGCCCGUGUUGAGUACCGACGACGACGAGACACCCCGAAACGCGAAGCGCCCGAACCCCCGCACGAUCGCUGCACACCAGGAAGCGAAGAAGAAGCCGAGCAUCUGUAAAAAUGCUGCAGAGGACGGAGCUGCACCAUCGUCCACUGCUGGUGUAGUUUGUUCAGAAGAAGAUGUGGGAACAAAUAAACGGGAGGUCGUGUCGUGCGAGGACCAAAAAAACCGCGAAAUAUUAAACCCGGAAACGAAACUACAACCUGGAAAGAACUCGUCCUCGGAGUUCUGUCAAGUGUGUAGCGAGGACACGACCGUUCUUGCUCCGACCGAAGCUCAUGCGACGGGGACCGUCCAAAAGCGUGCCUUGGGGGUCUACCGGUGCCCCAAGUGCCACAUGCGGUAUUGCAGCGUAGCCUGUUACGACCAGCACUCGACGAGCUGCACGGAGCAGUUUUUCCAGGCACAGGUGGAAGAGGAGCUCCGGGAGCGGCAGAAGCCGGAUCCCGAGGAACGGCGGAAAUUACAGAAGAUGUUUCACGGACUGCAGACCCUGGACAAGAAUUUCGACGAGCAAGAGUUUUCGUGUGGCGGGGAGCAGGGAAAUUUUAGUUCCGGCUUCGGGUUCGGCACCCCGUCAGGCCGCAACACCACGGGCAGCGGCACGCCACACACGAACUCCGUCUCCCCCUCUUCCCGAAGCUGGUGGCCGCGAGGAACCACUUCUCCCUGCGACGAUGAUCAGACCUCCGACUGUAGCUCCGAGCGGUCGUGGGGCAAGAGCAGUGGUCAUCCUGCUUCGGACGCUAGCAUCACCCCACCCCCGCGGCGGCCCGCUCUGAGGACAGUAGAGGACCCGGUUUUAUUUUAUCAUGACCGCGAUAAACAACUUUGCUUGGAACCCGCCUCACCCAAAGUUGAAGAUGACACCAGCCUUGUUCGGAUGAAGAAUGCAAAGGGCGACUUCGGCACCGGAAGCACGGAAGAUGUCGAAGAUUUUCCCAAGCAGGGGGAUCAAGAUGUGUGGAAAAUUUCCACAUCGUCUUCCUCGCACCAGAUGAACAUCGGAGACGAGGACUGGACGCACGAAAACUUUACGCCGCAGUGGGAAGAGAUGCUCGGAGCUGUGGAGCAGGAAAGCGUCGAAAUAAAGCCCUUUUUCGAGCACGAGCCCAGUGGCAGCUUUGCUGCUGACCGCGACUUUCACUAUCGCAACCAGAUCAUCGAAGAUCUCGACUACCAGCAUCUGCAGCACCGGAGCGGGGAAUUUGGCGAGAAUUUCCGCCCACUGGUGCCUGUCGCGCGUUGUCGGCGAAUGCACGGCGGUACUUCGUCGACCGAGCUGAGUGAGAAGAUCCCCCGACCGAACAUGUUGGCCGCGAUGGCCACACAGCCAUCGAAAGGCAUUCUCCGUAACAGAACGAGCACUGUGUCUACUACGGCUUCUUCGUCUUCCACCAGCUGCGGGGCUAGAAAUAUUAACGGUCCAUCUUCUACUGCCAGCUCGUCUUGCGAAGUCGAUAUUUUGGGUGCGCCGGCCGUAGUUGCGGACGUCGAGUGCGCCAGCAACCAGGAGCAGCAAAACGAGCUGCACUAUUCGACAGUAGAAAAGGCGCAUGGGUAUCCGCGGCGCGACUCGGCCACCUACGUUGAGCAGCUGACCAAGUUGGUCAUUAAAAACACCGUGACUAACAGCUUGCUGGCGAACAAGUCCUCGUGGGCGGACGAUAGUGACAGCGACGUCGCCACGCCGGAGGCCCUGGUGAAGCGUGCAAAAAUGCCGUCGAAGAAAGCUCGGGUGCGCUUCAAUUCCAUCCCCGUGGAGGAACUUGUUGAAUUUUUUCCGGACGCGCUGCCCGGCUUCGGGGAGGUGCGACCGCUGCGGGACGCCAACGUGUUAACGCAGUUCGAAGACGUAGCGGUAAAACUGAAAAGCCCGACCGAGCACUUUUCCGACUUCUUCAGUGAAACCGCAAAAAUUGCGGUCAACGCGUGCUUUUCCGGUACCCGGGGGACAAUCAAGCAGGGACCUCACCAUGAUCAGACGAACUCGAGCGGUACGUUAGUUUCACAACUGGCCUUGCUCGUAUAAAGCGCAGUUUUAUUCAUCGUUCUACUUUGAUAAUUGAAGUUGAACGCGAACGCUAUAGAAGGCUGGGUAGCUAAGAGACGAAUGCCUUGUGACCAUGUUCAUGGUGCUUGGAUUGCUAGUAAGUAUCUAUCAGUUGUUGUACCGAUCCACUUUCAACAUCUUGUAGUUUUCUUCAUCGGGGCGAUGAAGCUGCGUCGAGUUCUUUCACGUUUUCACAUGAAAAGCAAAACGAUACACAGGUGGUGCUUUGAUUGCCAACGCUACGGAAGCGGAAGCAAGCAGUCCCACCCAAUCGGAUGCGUGGAAGCAAAAUCGGCGGGCGCACCUGCAUGCUGCAGACCCAGCUUGUGCGGAAGAAUUGGCGACCACUGCCGGUAGUGGUGGUCGUGGAAGGGCGAUCCUAGACGCCGAGCCCCCCCGGUUUUUUUCGAAAGACGGGCGAUCCUUGAGUGACGAGAACUUCUUCACGCACGGCGCCGCGUACCCUGCGCAGGGAAACUUUUAUGGCAGGUUCUCCUCCCCCGACAGUACUUCUUCUUCUUCAAGUUCUUACCCCCACGACAGGGAGGACUCCAGUGUUAAUCAGGUUGGCACGAUUCGGAACGCUGACGCGGACAAAGUGUUGUUGGACGCUUUCGACUACGAGGACCACGAUUUCGCGAUGCAUGGCAUCAGUGAAGAGCGGCUGCUCUAUCUUUCCCAAAACGCUGACUAUUUGGAUGAGGACGACCUGACGGAGCAAGAACAAAAACACUUCUCGGGCUUUCUCUCCAGCGUGAAAGUGAAGGCCACAUGGGAGCCCUGGUGGGGCACUUGUCUCGUCGAGGAUGUUGCAGCCGAAGAUGCGAAUAAGACCGAGGGAGUUGUACAACCGAAGAACAAUGCUCUCGGAGGACUUCUCGUCACGACCGACACGACGAAGGCGCCGUCAGGUGGAACGGUACAGCACAACGAGGACAGUGUGAGCAGUACUUUUGCGGGCAAGGCCAAGGGAGAAGAACUAGAACAGACCAUCCUUGUUGAAAACAACAACAAUGGAAAAGGUACGAGUAGAAGAUUUCUGUCCUUCCGGGAACUGGAGCGGCUGACCGGGACAUCGAUGAGUUCUUGCAAUCAGGAUGAGGAUCAUGAUCCACUCGUGCAAGAGCUUGUGAGCCCAGCAAGUAGCAGCACUUGUUUUGCAGCAUCAAGCAAGAAAGACGAAACGGGAGACGAAAAAGCGGCGACAGAGGACCAGAACAGUUCUACUUCACUUGCCGUCCCGCCACCGACGAAGAAGCAGCACACCGACGACACAGCUGUAGUACUGUGCUCGAAAAGUGUCGCCGACUACACGAAACUGACGCCAAUCGUCCCGAGUGUCACGGGACGGGCCGACAGCCUCCGAAUGGCGUACUUCGUCGGGCUGCUGCUGUGCAACUACACAUGGCACAUGCGCAAUUGCAACGGUGACGAGCAGCUGGCGCUUCCCUCAGUCGUGCGGGCUUGGCAAAUGUGGUUAGUGAACGUGCUCAACCCUGAACCCACCGUCGACAUGUGGCGAAUCGGCGUGCCAGUGCUAGAUGAGGAUCAAAUGUGGUCGCCGGAUCACGAAAGCAUGCGUUUCGAGGACGUCACCAGUGUCGACCUUCGCGACGCCGCGCUGCUGUGCAAAGACGUGCGGGGCGUCAGCACGGUCUUCUUCCAGAUUUUACAGUACCUGCGCAGUCAGGAGUUGUCGCACAAAAUGGACGAGCAGAAGGAAUACACGACCAGCUGCUUCAAAGAAAACAAGAAGGAGAACCGCAGUGAAGAUGCGGCUAAUCUUGUCCUGCAAGAAGAAACAGAUGCAGAAGAAAAGUCCGGGUUUCUGAGGACUUGGUUCGCAAGCAGCAAGCCGAAGGCUCCUAAGGGCAUCAUGAUGCUUCCGCGAGCAUUCACGCGCCUCAAGUUCAUUUUCUCUUUUGUGUUGCACCGGCCAGAACAUCUGCGCAAUCUCUCCAGCAGCUUGAUCGAACAGGCCAUUCCGCGUAUGGAAGAUCAGGAGGAGGCCGUUGCGCGGCACAACAAUCGCCCGCAACUUUUCUACGACGACUAA